AUGCCAACCGCAUCAUCAUCUCAAAAAAAGCAGGUCGCUUAUAUAACAAGAAUCGAGUCAUUCAGUGCUGCCCACCGCCUAAACGCCAACCUCCUAUCAAAAGAAGACAAUCUCGCCAUAUUUGGAAAGUGCAAUCAUGAAAAUUUCCAUGGUCAUAACUACAAGGUGGAAGUCACUAUUAAAGGAGAAAUCGACUCGACAACGGGAAUGGUGGUAAAUCUAACUGAUCUGAAACUAUGGAUGCAAAAGGCCAUCAUAGAUGUGCUAGACCACAAGAAUAUAGAUAUGGACGUUCCUCAUUUUCGAGAUAGGCCAAGUACCGCAGAAAACAUUGCCGUUUUUAUAUGGCAAUCUUUGGAAGGGAUUUUAACUGUUGGACAAUUACACAAGGUGAAGCUCUUUGAAACCGAGAAAAAUGUGGUUACUUAUCGAGGGGAAUGA